AUGAAGACGUGCGGGCGCGCGGCGUUUUGCUGGGCCCUGCUGUGCCUCGCUGGCAGCCUGGCGGCGCCGCGCCGCCUCUACUGCGAGCGGGCGGACGUGGCCUGGCGCGCCUACAGAGCCCCCGCCGCCUUCGAGGCGCGCGUGCAGUCGCUGGCCCGGGACGCAGCCACCGUGCGGGUGCGACGCGUGCUGCGGCGCCAGGCCCGCUGGCCGCGCGAGGGUGCCGUUCUACGACUCAAGCUGCCCGAACAGCCGCAGGACUGCGCCGGCCGCUUCGAAGUGCCGCUGCAGAACCGAAAGAACUAUAUCGUGUUCGCGGAGAGGCAGGGCCACGCCGCCGUGGCGCUGGGCCCACCGCUCCGCAGGACUGCCAAGUUGAUCCGGAGGAUCCGCGCGGUCUACCGGCCCGGCUACAGUAGCCCAGCGCGGGUGGAGCCGAUGACGCCGGUGCGUGCGACGCGCGGCGGCCGCGUGAAGCUUGAGUGCCGCGCCAGUGCCCGCCCGCCGCCGCGCAUCGCGUGGUACAAGGACGGCCGGCCCGUCGCCGACAUUGCUUUAAGGAGGUUCCGGGUGCAGAACUAUAGGAGGCGCUCGGUAUUAGUGAUAAGACAUGCGCGUCGAGAAGACACCGCGACGUAUGAAUGCAGGGCGCAGGGCGCCGUGGGGCCACCAGCGAUCGCCGCCGCAAACGUCAGCGUCCUACCACCGGCCACGAUGGCACCAGACACUCCAACGGGAGCACCGUGUCCGAUGCCAGAUCCUGCGUCCUACUGUCUCAACGGAGGCACUUGUUUAUUCUUCGAGCUCGUACAGGAGCAAGCUUGCAAAUGCCCGGAAGGCUUCACCGGGCAACGCUGCGAGAUCAAGGACGUGUUGAAUAGGAACAGCUUUGGAGAACGAUUAUGGUGAAUGAAACUACGACUUGGGGAACGAACAACUGGCUGACUGUAGUUUGUACAUACAAUGAAAUCAUGCAUUCCUGCAUAUUAAAGCAGGAUCAGACUGUUCACCAGAGAGAAAAUUGACGGAACGAUCACAUCAAAUAUUUUCUAAAUAUCGUUUACUAGGUCCUGAUUUCUACUCACUGUGUGAUAUUUAGUUUAAAAAACACCAUAAACUAACACCUCUAUUAAGAAACUGACAUCGACAUGUCGGCGAAUGUAUGGUUGAGAUCUGGCUUGAGAAUUCAUUCUUUUUAUUUAGAUGUAUUUUUACCUACACUUGGAGCAAUUAGUAAUUUUAUAAAUUUAAAAUGCAUAUAAAAAUUUUCGAAACCGACAGGAUAUUAACCUGCGACUCUCUGGAAAAGGUCCAAAAACUUUAGAAAAAAUUGAUUGAAACUGCAAUGUUUCCUACUAGAUGGUGCUAGAGUCGCUAUAAGUCUUAUGUAAAAGGCAUAUACAAAUGUCGGUUCGGAAAAUUUUGAUAUGCAUUUUAAAUAUAUAAAACCCAAUCUUUGCCCGAAUACUGUUGUUGUUGUUUGUUGAGUUAAUAGUACGGUAUUCUUUGGUACGGUGAAUCGAGGUAUAACAAUUCGAUUUUCACUAGCCAUUGCAACCGAAACGAAACAGGUAGGUACGAAAAACUCUAAACCUACUACUAGGAAUUUUUCAAAUUUGACUAGACUGAAUGAAAGAUAGGUGGAUAGAUAAAUGAGCAUUUCUGUAUAUGUCGAUUAAUAUUAAUAGUUACGAACUUUUUGUGACAGAGUUGACCAUACUUGUUUCUGCCAUUAAGCAGCAUUGUUGCAAUGCUGUGUUCCGGUUUGCUGGGCGUAGUGACCAUUGUAUUUACAGUCCUAACACUUACGCCUCAGGUGACAGGUCAGCGCCAUGAAUCCAGAUCUUUUCCCGCAAGUUUUCUGUAUUCAGUGCAAAAAAAAAACUGCUUUCCUUUAAGACACGCGGCAGUGUGAAAGACAAGUUUAGAAUACGAAGAAAUACUUAACGUGAAUAUGUAUGGCUACAGUUAUUGCAACGUGUUUAGACAUUUGUACCUAGGUAAUUACUAAAAAAAAGGUAACAGUCUGAUUCUAGCUUUACAUUAAUUUGUAUUGCUUGCCUAUUUGGAAAUGCGCUGUAGCGACAUAGAAUGUAUACGACAUAUAAUAUGAUGUUAACGUUAUAUAACAUUGACUGUUUAAAAACUGUCAAGCUGUAACCAAAAGGGUUUGCUUUGAUAGCCACAAAAAGGGGGUUGUAUUGGUUUGCACUGGAAUGUUAACAAAACUUAUUCUUAGAAGUUGAAAACGAGCAAGAUUGAUAACUUUGGCUGGGUCGGACAUACCAAUUUGAAUGCAGUUUUGCAUUCAAAUUGGUAUGUCCUAGGCUAGGUAUACAUUUAUGUCUGAAGGUCAUUUAGGGGCGUUGUCUUGGUUUUGGUUUAUUGUAUGAACUACUGGGCUGUUUUUAUGAGGUACCUAUAUUGAAUAGGUAUGAUCACAAGAUUUUAGUAUGAUGCCAGCACCCCGGACGUUUGUUUUCUGCGUGAGUUAACAGGUUUACAAGUUUAAACUCUGAUCGAACUGGCGCAAAUAACGCAUCAGACGCCCGCUUCUAUUGUGUCCACUACGUCCUGUAGGGGUGUUUAAACUGACGCAAAUAGUCGCUCUAUAGGCGCACAAUUUUAAAAACGUAUCUAUACUAUAUUAACAUGUAUAUCCUACCUUCUUCAAUCUAAUGCUUUUUCUAAAAACAGAAAAACUUUGUCUUUAGAGUUAACAGAUAUUUCCUGCAUUGGGAAAUAAGGAAUAACUUACCAAGUAGCGUCAGUUUGAAGAGGCUAAACGAGCUAGUUUGAUCAACCAGCGCACAAUGUGCUCUCAAGUUAUUCUUAGGAGCCAUGCACGCGAGUGAUGUAUUGUGCCUUAACUUGGGCCUUAACACAACCGUGCUCUAAAGUCGUUUAGCUUUCACUAUAAUACGAUGGCUAAGUUAGCAUUUGUUUAUCGUCAAUUUUUUGUGCAAAUAAUAAGUGUUUUCUUGUGAGAACUAAAUUAGACAUCAAGCAGGCCACGUCAUAAAAAAAUUGUCCAUAAAAAUUCUUGAAUGAAUAUUGAUUAACGAAUUUUUCAACAAGAGAGUUUAAUGUUGGUUUUAUGACUCCUCCUAGUACUACGUUACUCAAAAACUCUCACUCUUUUAAUUUUUAUAAAAGUCAGAUAAUUUUUCUCCUCCUAUGAGUCAGUUUUUAAAUGGUUUUAUAGCCCAUGUGAGAAACCCAUAAGUUUAAAAUGGGAUAUCAUUGUUGAGAUUAAACAAAUUUUGUAUUUAAAUGAUAAGAGUUCCUAAAUAUUAACUGUCUCGUGAAAGUAUGCUUCAUAAAUAACACUUUUGUCUCUUGUAGGUAAUUUGCACGAAAAUAGGAUGACUUAUCCAUUUUAAGAGUGCUCUUAGUAAUCAAUACCCAAGACAUUUUAUUAUUUUUUUACUAAAAACCAUCGUUUACCUACGGCUCUCUUGAAACAAAUGCUAAUUUGACUGACAUGGUGUUAGUUAACCGAAUAUUCUUGAAUUGUCAACUAAGUAGUUGAAUUUGAAAAGAAAAAAAGACAAAUACUUACCUAUAUUAUGUAAGUAGGUUCAAUUGUUUUUGUAUAGGUAUUUUAACUAGCGAUUAAUGGAAAUCUGUAUUAACAGGUUGUUUUUUCUUAUUAGAAUUAUAUAUGAAUACUCAGCCAUAAACCCACUGACAGAAAUCCCACCUUGCUAUCUAUUAUAAACGAAUUUAGGUAAGAUACGUGCGUUCUUCGGAGGGUUAAAUCCUGCUGUAGCCACCGGCUUAGUGUAACCGACAAAACUAUAAUUCUACGGUACACUUUUCUGUCGUUAAAACCGUUUUUUGACGUGACAACGACUUAUAAAUCAAUGAACGCCGGCUGCACGUACGAAAAAGCAUGACUCAUUGUCACGUUCUGCCUGAGCCGAGGAUGCAAGCGAGAGCGCGAAACAAGUGACAGAGAGGCAUGAUCGGUCUAAUCGUUCGGCUUGCGACGCAUCUUAAAACAAUUGUCCGUAAAUAUUUUUUUUAAUUUCUUAAAAUCUCCACAUAUUACACGGUAACAAGCACAAUAAUGACUUGAUUAAACACAAAAAUGUUGAAAUUCACACUAGAAAUUUCUGUAUCGUGGAAAUCACUUCCGUCUAAUUAUUAACGAGGUAAAUAUUUAUAUA